UUUACUUUAAACUUUAAAAAAAUCCAUUAAACUUAAAGAAUUCUCACCAUUAGGUCCUUUUCAUGCCCAAAUUAUUUCCAUGGGAUCGGGCCAUAUAAAGCCUUAAUUCUUGCAAAACCCUCAAUCUUACUUACAUCUCCGGCAGUCUAACGGUAGUUGGUUGAAUCAAGAGGAGACAAAAGAUGCCGCUUUAUGAUUGUAUGUUUUUACUGAAACCGCACAUAAAAAAGGAGGCGCUGAUGGACCUUGUCACAAAGGUUGGGAAGCAUGUUUAUAGAAAAAAUGGCGUGCUUACAGAUUUAAAGUCAUUUGGUACUGUUCAACUCGGGUAUGGCAUUAAAAAACUGGAUGGCAGAUACUAUCAGGGUCAACUAAUGCAAAUGACAGUGAUGACACCACCCAGUUUUAACAAUGAGCUGCAUUACCUGAAUAAAGAAGACCGCCUGCUUCGAUGGCUUUUGGUUAAGCAUCGUGACAUCAAAUUUGGGUUGGACUUUUUGGGUGAAGAUGAUGCUCAGACUGAACUAAGAAAGUUCAGGAGCAACAUCUAUGAAAGUGAGGAAGAAGAGGAAGAAGAUGAUGAUGAUGAUGAAUAUAGUGUUGAUGAUUCUGAGAGGAAGUCAGUCUAGAAAACUUAUGAGUUUCACUAUAAGCUGAUCAGGUGCAACCAUAACUCAAACUGGAGGAAGAAAAAAAGUCCACAGUGGAGGUGGAGGGUUUAAACCCCAUCAGUAGCAUAGUAUCCAUUCCCCUUUCCCCUCCCCUAAUGUAAUAAAAAAGGUUCUUUUUUUAAUUUUUAAACCUAUAAGUUAAUGCAUGGCUGAAAGUAAUAGUAGAUCAGUAGAAUUGAUAAAAUUUCUCGCACCGUCUGUUGGUCUU